AUGAGAGCAACGCAGGUACUUAAUUUUCAAGCUUCAGUUCAGGCCACUUUAAGAAGACCAUGGAAAACGUUUAGAGAUGGAACUUUAUACUAUGGAAUGUUGAAAUCUGGGUCAAAAAGACAUCCAUUAACAACGAAACAAGGUAAUAAGCAUUACUACAAAGGUACCCGCUCAACCGGUAUAGGUCAUUUGGACAGCCGUGGGAGGUACCACAUAGAUUGGAACAAGGUCAGGACAUACGUAGUUCCAAGUGGUCUAAAUACUACAAAUUUGAAGGCAUUAGUUUCACCCAAUUCACCUCAAUUUAUUCAAAAAGUAGAGGGGUAUAAAGAUAGCUUCAAAAGUCCCGAACUAGCUUUACACAAUGCCAUCAACUUUAUCGAAAAUGGGGCAAAUUAUUCUGAAAUUGAUUUAGAAAAAGAAGGAUACCUAGAAAAGAUUGUGCAUCCCAAGCUAAAAUCAGCCAAAGAAGAAAACCUUGAUGGUGAAGAGCAAAACUAA